AUGAAGAGGAGAGAAGCCUCAGCAGACCUGGAGCUCUCUGCAAAGGAGAAGGAGGAAAGGGCUAAAGUGGAGAUCAGGCACCUGCAGACCCAAUUCCAUCAUGAAGCCUACAAGAGGAAAUUCUACGAUGCCCACAUCUGGCGGCAAAUGCAGGCUCAGGAAAAAGCAAUAGAUAAUCUGAAGCAAGAACACAGACAUGUGACAUUAAUGCUGGGCCAGAUCUAUUCCCCAAGUAAUGUGAUUGUGGAAAACAGAAAUCGUAUGAAGGUCCAAAGCCUUUUGCAGAUCACAAUGCAUAAUGAUGUUCUGAUCAAAGAAAGAAAAGCCCUGUUAGCUGACCUGGCCAAGCAGGUUGUAGAGCUGGAAAAAAAGAUAGUGAAGCAAAGAGACACAACCUGGAAGAUGCUGGAAGCAAAGAGUCACAAACACCUGCAGAAGAAGAUUGAAUUGCUGGAGAUGCAUCUAAAUCAUGUCACUGUUCGUUACAACACCAUCAUGGCCCGAAACAACCAGCUCAGAGAAGAGACUGUGAGCAUGCAAAUCCAGAAAGCCACUUAUGACAACUACUACUGGAAGCUGGAUGAAAGCCUGGUUCAGCAGAACAGAUUGCUGAACGCUGCUGUCGAGCAAGCCACGGAAGACUACGAGCAGUGGAUGGAGGAUCUGGGGAGGAUCUCGGACAUUCGGGGUGUGCGCUACAGAGAAACCAUCCAGUACAACAUCAGGCUGCUGGAGAGGAAGUUAGCCCUUCACCAGGAGACCAGGCUGAAAAACUUCUUCCUUGCCAAAUCCUUUGAGGCAGCUGAGAGGGCCAAAAUGAGCCAAAGGGAGAGCUAUGAGGUGGCCUACAAGCGUCUGCAGGAGCUGUCGAACGGAGACAUUGAUGAUUUCUUGGAGGAUUUUAUAGAAAAGGACAGGAGAUUCUUCAUCCUCUUUGGCUAUGCCAUUAGGCUGAACGUCAGGAAUGAGGGGCUCAGGCAGAGGAUCCAGGAGAUCGAGGAUGAUAUGAUGUCCGUGACAACGGAGCGGGAGCAGGAGGAGACAACCCAGACUCAGGUCCUGCAGGAGCUGGAGGCAAAAAUAAGAGAGACUGCUGAGGAAGCCAAAAAGUGCGAGAAAAAAUGCGAGGAGAGCAGCCAGCUCCUGGGACAGAUCCAAUCUCGUGUGGAGACCCUCUUGAAGGACAUGGACUGUGACACCUCAGUGAUAGUGAAGCCUCUUGGGGAGAGCUUGGUGCCAAUUUUUGGUCCCGUGGAGAACAAGGUCAAGGAGCUGCUGCUGAAGGAGUGCGUGCUGCGCUACACGUCCGUGGAUCGCACCCAGCGCUCCCAGGCCUUUGUCAGCCCCCUGCACGGAACCUCCGAGCUCCUCUGGGUCAUGGACAGGGCCAAGCUCUGCCCACCCCCCCCAGACCUGGAGAGAACCGACCCCAGAACCGCGGAGGAGCCGCUGGACCGGGCUCAGCUGCGCCAGCUCGUGAUCCAGAGGCAGCAGGAGGAGCAGGACAGGCCCCAGAGCUCGGCCAGGAGGAGGAGGAGACCUGGAUCAAGGAGCCCACCACGGACAGGGAUGAAUUAA